AUGAGUCCAUGGGACGGCCCCUCAGGAAGAGAACCAACUUGUGAAGAACUGAGAGCAAUGUGGCGUUUCUCAAAACGCCAGUCACGCAUCACAGAACUCACUAAUGAGGUACCAAUGUACAAAGAUCCAUUUGCUUAUAACGUUUGGGAACCAUAUGGAGAUACAAGGUCUCUAGGAAAUGAUAUUCUGGAUACCACAGGAAGAGAAUAUGUCUAUGGCACAGUUGUUCAUUAUCCACAACAUCGUCAGCCUUCUGAAGCUCGACAAAAGUACAGUCCCUAUGAUGAAGUAGUUAGGCUUCUUCAUCGAUCACCCUACAUGAGCCCCUCACCAGUUUAUGCGUCUGCUCACCAGCCAUCUCCACGUUACAGUAGUUUUGAAGAAUUAAAAAACAUCAUACGAGCAGAGAGAGCCCAAGAGCAGCAGCAGCAACAGCAGCAGCUGCAAGAACAACAACAACAACAACAAAUGCCUGUCAGAUCUCAGAUAGUGGGAAGUGAUUCUGACUAUUACAUCUCUGAGGACUCAGAAUUUCCAAAUGACGAAUAUCGUAUCAGUAGCUAUGAAAGUAGCGGUAACGUUCAGAACAUAAUGCCACCUAUGAUCUACGGAGUACCAAAUGAAGCAAUGUAUUCAGACUCUCUGCCACCUAAGAUGUACAGAGCUGAAGAUCAGUUUUUAAUGGGUUCUCAAACCAAUGAUCAUAUGUAUAAUGAUCGUUCCCAGGAGUAUAUCGAUGAAGUAAGUAUGAAAAAUAAUUAUAAUUAUUAUCAGUAG